CCCCUGGGCACUUUAUGUUUUUUUAACCUCGCUUCCCUCGGGGCUGCCUGGCAAAGGCACGUAGAGGUGGAGUGGCACGGAUGCGAAAGCAGAGCGCAGGGCUCCGACCUGACGGCAGAGCAACUUGCAAAAGCUCCCCAGAGCAUCUUUGCUCCGCUCGCCCGCCGGGCGCCAGCCAGGUGCAGCGUGCCGCGCUCCCACCCCGCAGCCGUGUAGAGCUAGCGCGAGUGGGCUUCAGCGGCGGGCAGGAGAGCACAAAACCGUAACUCGGGCUCACCUCUGCCUUGAGGGACUGCCUCCCUGCUCUGCGAUAGUGCAGGGCACGCUCGGGCGCUGCAGUUUCGGCGUGCUUUACAGGGCUGAGGAUAUAAAAUCUUUUGAGGCUAGAAAGAUGCUGGGAGGCAAGGUGGCACUCCUCACCGGGGAGCUCCGGCAGCUCUUUGUCUUGGUCUGGUCUCCUCUUCCAGCCAUUCAAAAGACCAGGAAAGGGCACCCUGCUACAUAGAGCCAAUUCAGUCAUCCCAAUUGACUGGGGAUUUAAGUAUGACUCUCCUUCCACUCUAUGUUAGUGCAGUGUGCUGUGGGCUUUCUCUAUUCCAAGAAUAUUUCUCUUUGGAUACCGAGGAGAAAAAAAAAUCUGGGAUUUUCAAUCUGAACUGAAAGAAGCUUCCAACCAGCCACAUGUACCAGGCUUGAAGGGUUUGGGGAUGCAGGGACCAUCCUUCUGGCAUAAGAGACCUGUUCGUUGCCCACUCGUACCAAGAGCCCCUGCAGUAUAUAUGGCAAGUGGAACGUUUAGUAGAACAGGUUCAGGACAGUAUAUGCCCAUGAAUUGGCUUACAAAUGUGUGUAUGGAUAGAUAGAUAAGAAAUAAAUAUUUGUAUAUCUGCCAGCAUUUCUUGCACUCUUAAGCAGGUGCAUUUCCCACAUUCCUCAGAAAUGUGCACCUUUCAAUCAGAGCACAGUUACUGACAUCAGCUUAGGUGUCUCUUGCACAUUUACCCUGUCAGCACCCCCCUCUUUCUGGGGGUGGGGGGAGAAGAUGCAGAGGUUUUUGAAGUUACCACUGUCAAAUGAAUGCCUCUGGCAGGUCAGCAGCAAGACUAUGCAUCUGAAGCAAAUCCAGCUGCUGCAGUGGAGAGGCAGUAAUUUAACACAGCAAAAUCUGACCCCAGAAUUGCCAGGUGCUGUUUUGUGCCCUCCUUGUUAGGAUACUACCUUGAUUAUUUCGAACUAGCCAUAUACUUCUGUAGACAUUACAGAAAAAGAGAGUGGGCGGGAAACAGUUUUCCAGCACAGAAGAAUAUAUAUACCUGUACAGAUACAUAACUCUUCUAUUUUUCCAUUAGAGGAAACGAGAAAUGUUUUAGUCUGUUGACUAGCCUAGGUCCUCUCCCUCCCCUCCUCAGAAACACCACCCUAGAGUUAAGAAGCUAUUGGAGCCUCAAAAUAUGUCAGAACUGAUGCAUUUCCAUGAAGAGUUUCAAUAAGUAAAGAAAUGAAAAUAUCCCUGGCUGGUCAAAAAUGGAAGGCCCUGCUGGGUCACCUCUCUCCUCGCUCCAGAGGGUGAGGGUUCCCUCCAGGUCACCGUGUAGCACUUCACUUGGUAAACUGAUUGGUUUAGCUAAGCCUAAUACAGCAGUGACCUCACCAGUGGGUACUCUGCGUUAGUGCUAUUCUGAAGCCACGCAGCAGGAGGGUGGCAGACAGAAAUUAGCUUGGAAUAUGAACUAAAAGAUCAUUUGGAGGUUUUUUUGUUGCUGUUUUUUUAAAUGCGUCUUACUGGUAUUUGAAACAGGGCCUACAUCUACAGAGAAUGCAAAGUUUCUGUUUGAGAAAUACGUGUUCGCUCAGCAAAACAGAAACAACUUUUAAAGGUUGCUUUCUGUGGAAAUCACUCCAUGCCCCAUUACCUGCUUGACUGAAACCAGACUAAGAACCUCUGUCAUGGCAGCUUUUCUGCUGGGAGCUGUGUUGCUUAUUGUUCAACCUCAUAUAGUGCCUUCCAGACCGGCUGUAAAUUCAAAGGCUGAGACCUCUUCUCAGUCUGUUCCGAGAGAGCUUUUAAAGAAAACAAUUCCAAAAAAUGACUUCAAGGAAAACAUUCAUUCUAAUGGAUCAUGCCAGCAGCUGCCACAGACUAUUAUUAUUGGAGUGAGGAAAGGGGGAACAAGAGCUUUGUUAGAGAUGUUAAGCCUCCAUCCAGAUAUCGCGGCAGCAGAAAGUGAAGUUCACUUCUUUGACUGGGAAGAUCAUUACGGAAAAGGAUUGCAGUGGUAUAUUAAUCAAAUGCCAUUCUCCUAUCCCCAUCAGAUCACCGUGGAAAAAACUCCAGCAUAUUUCACAUCACCGAAAGUGCCUGAAAGAGUUUAUAACAUGAACCAAUCAAUGAGAUUACUCCUGAUUUUAAGAGACCCAAGUGAGAGAGUACUAUCAGAUUACACCCAAGUGUUCUAUAAUCACAUGCAGAAGCACAAGCCGUAUCCAUCCAUUGAACAGUUCCUGAUUAAAGAUGGUGAACUCAAUGUGGACUACAAGGCAAUAAACAGAAGCUUAUAUUACAUUCACAUGCAAAACUGGUUGAAGUAUUUUCCUCUUGAUCGCAUCCACAUUGUAGAUGGAGAUAAACUAAUCAAAGAUCCCUUUCCAGAAAUAGAGAAGGUAGAGAGAUUUUUGAAGUUAUCACCACAGAUAAAUGCUUCAAACUUUUAUUUCAAUAAAACUAAAGGCUUCUAUUGCCUAAGAGACAGUGGUAGGGAACGUUGUUUACAUGAGUCAAAAGGACGAGCGCACCCACAGGUAGAUACCCACUUACUCGAGAAACUGCAUGAAUAUUUCCAUGAACCCAACAAGAAAUUUUUUGAGCUUGUUGGCAGAACAUUUGACUGGCACUCAUUUGUGGCAAGUUAGUGGUAAGCUUCAGAACCUAUGUUCCAGUGUACAUUUAGAAACUUUAAAAAGGGCAUUUAAGCUAUAAUUUAUUUGUAAAAUUCAUAAAUACUUCUGUACAGUAUUAGAUUCACAAUUGCCAUAUAUACUAGUUAUAUUUUUCUACUUGUUAAAUUUGAAAGCAUUUUGUAUUGUUUUUCAUGGUUGUUAACAUUGUGUAUUAUGUGUCUAUAUGAAGAAACUAAAAUAUUUCACUGCAGAAGAUACUCUCUUGAGAAUGCGUUGUCUUUUUAAGAAAUAAGAGAUUCAUUUCAACAGAACCUUUCAGAAUUAUCUGGAUAUUUUGGUCUUUCUGGACUAUUCUGGACUUUCCCCUUUAAUUGCUAAUGAAUAUAUUAAACUUUACAUUUCCCUUUCUCUUGCUUUAAAACAUGUUGUUUAAUUCUUUAUUUUUAUUUGAAAAUGUUGUUGUGGUUAGCAAAGUGUUCCAUCCUGCUUUACAAAAUUCUUUCUUGAUAAAGUGUUACUUCCGAUACACGCUGGGACAUGCACAUCCAAGGGACAACGGAAUGCUCUGUAAUGAGACAUAUUAACUGCUGCACUUACCUUCAUAUUUAAUGUUAUAGCAAGUGCUCCUGGAAUUCUUUGGAAGUACAGUGCUAGUUUCAUGGCAGAUUUUUAAGAUUCUUUGGGGACCAGCUCAUAAAAUCUACAAUUGGCUGCAGAAAUACAGCCAACCUGAAAACUUCCUACAGUCUCAGAAUGUAUAUAUACUUCAUAAUGAAAGAAAGUGAGUUGAGAGAAAAAUUUAAGCAGUAUGGGGACAUUUUAAGGGUUGCUUAUGACUGUUCCUAAAUUUUAUAGCAUAUAUUUAUGCUUCGCCACCACCGAAAACCAAUAUGUACAUCAGAAAAAUUACCUGUUCUAAACUCUAGUAAACAACAACUUCAUUCUUACAUAUAUUAACAUACCUGUACCCCCUUUAAGGCUGUUUCAUAUGAGUUGAGCAGCUGUUUUAGGCUAAUGAAAAUUGCCCAUGGAUUACUGUUCUAUUGCUCUCCUUCCAAGAACCAUGAUGCCAAAUCUUGAUUGGAUUCUGGCCUUGUUUGUUGUGGAAUUAAUCCCAAUUCCAUGAAUUCUUAUGGUCCUCCAUCUACUAAAAAUGGAAGUUAGUCAUUAGUACGUUCCAUUAGUAAAAACUACAGCUCUCCUUGUCUACAGCAGUUCUGAUGUUUUGUUAGCCAUCAGUUUCUGGAGUUAGAGCUAAUCCUUUGUCCAGACAAGGCUUACUAGAGUACUGCCAUUAUGAAUUCUUAAUUUUCAUUUUAAGAUCUAGAGUAUGCCCAUUGAACAUUCAGUGACAGCACUGUGUAAAUUUGGACUUGUAACUGAUUGUUACAAUCCUUUACAAAAUUUAAAUGUAGAUGCAUUAUUUUUUUUCUGGUGAGAUGGUGCAAACUUGGGCACUGUGACAAGGUACCGUCUGGAUGCAAAUAUCUCAUAUUAUGCUGCUUGCAUGAAAAUUUGCAGAUGCUGCCCCUCUCUCUCCCACUCCUUGUGCACCUGCCCAAGCUGGAUUCAACCUCAGAGAGGUUGUUGGUGUUGUUUUAUAAAGUAAACCUUUGACGAAAGCCUACAAUGAAAUGGUAUUGUACUCAAUAAAAUAUUUUCUGAAUUGCA